ACACCGUUACAUUUUUACACGCUGCAAAUCCAUUUCCCGAGUCAGUCUUUUGUCUACUUGCUCAGCCAGACGACUAGUAAAUAGCUCGUCACAUUAAACACGGAUACAUAGGUUACAGGUAGGAAUAUGUCUGCCGUCGAAGCACCCUCCGCCUCGCAGGCCAUCUGGCCCGAGCUCACUGAAGACCACCCCCUUUCGCAGCUCAACUCUCGCCUCCCUACUAUCCUUUCAGAGGCUGGUCACUCCCAAAUCUGGGGCGUUACUCUUACUUACUCCACUCCCCCAACCUUCUCUAGCCUUAUUAUUCUGCAAAAAUUCCUUCGUUCCGUGGAUAAUAACGUGGAUGAGGCUGCCACGGCUCUAGGCAAGACACUCAAGUGGCGGAAGGACUGGGGAUUGGACGCGCGGGCGGACAAAAAAGAGAAGGAAAACUUUGGGCCCGAUUUUGAAGGCUUAGGAUAUGUGACCAAGAUCAAGAAAAAUGAUGGCGGAGAUGAGAUCGUGACUUGGAACGUUUAUGGAGCUGUGAAGGAUUUGAAAUCGACCUUUGGGGAUCUUGACCGAUUCCUUCGAUGGCGUGUCAAUCUUAUGGAGGAGGCUAUCGCCCAUCUUCAUCUCGCUACCACCUCUACUCCCAUCCCAGACUUUAACGCCGGUAUUGAUCCCCAUCGCAUGGCACAAGUCCAUCUAUAUGAAGGUGUCUCAUUCCUUCGCAUGGAUCCUCAUGUGAAAGCUGCCUCCAAGGCAACCAUUGAGCUUAUGGCGGCCAACUAUCCCGAACUUCUUUCUCGCAAAUUCUUUGUGGGCGUGCCUUUGAUAAUGAGCUGGAUGUUUCAGGCCGUGCGAAUGUUCGUUUCCGCUGAGACUGCCAAGAAGUUUGUGGUCAUUAGCUACAAGGAGAAUCUGGCGAAUGAGCUGGGAGAACUUGAAGGUGUGCCCAAGGAGUAUGGUGGAAAGGGUCUCAGUUUGGGCGAACUUCAGAACCAGCUGCGAGGGGAGGACGCGGUGACUUCUUCGUAAAGGCCGUAAUGGCUACAUCUCUGUAAUGAUAAUUGGGCAAACAAAAAUAUCUUCAAUUUGUGAAAUAGUAAGGCUUGUUUAGUCCAUGAGCACCCAAGUCUGCUCCUGUCUAUCCGUACACCAACAGUGGUUGCUCGCUUUGCUCGCCAAGUGUUAUCGUUGUGAUAAUUCUUCUCCGUCCUGCGGUAAAGUCUCCGGGAACCAUCCCCAUCUUCUUAGAUCCACUUUUUCGCCUCCAGCCCCUGCAAGGGUCUCCACUUCCACACCUUCAUCUUCUAAUCGUUCCUUUUGCCUGGCAACUCCUAAUCCCGAAUCGCCGCGAGGAGAUAUUAUUCCUUUGGAGUUGACAACGCGCUGAGCAUGAGGCCGAUGAUUAGCAGCAAUUAUGUAUGCGCAAAUGAAUAACAUUGGA